UAGCGAAGCAGCCUCGAGCGGAGAUGUCAGGAUCUGAUGUCAGCAAAGCGUUACAGGCAAUGUGUGAUCUGAAGACUGACACGUAACGGACUAACACUGUAGAGGACGUUUUGGUGGAAAAUUUGGGUGGCGGAAAGAUUUCGGAGCGAAAAGCGAAAUCAAUAAUUAAUUUACAGACCAUGAACUAUGUGGGUCAGUUGGCAGGCCAGGUAUUUGUGCAGGUCAAGGAGCUUUACAGGGGACUCAACCCUGCAACACUGUCUGGAUGUAUAGACGUCAUCGUGGUCCGGCAGCCCGAUGGCUCCCUGCAGUGCUCCCCCUUCCACGUACGCUUCGGCAAGAUGGGUGUGCUGCGGUCUCGUGAGAAAGUGGUGGACAUAGAAAUUAAUGGAGAGCCAGCGAGUUUGCACAUGAAGCUGGGAGAGAAUGGAGAGGCCUUCUUCGUCAAAGAGACUGAGAACACAAUGGAAAUAGUUCCGUCCUACCUAGCAACGUCACCCAUCAUUUCAACGGGGGCAGAGUUAAUGGAGUCCCAGUUAGGCAGACGCAGUUCUCGUCACCAUGACAUCAUCCCCUGCAGCUCACUUCCUGUCCAGAGCCUAGGAAUGCAGCAAAGUGAUGGCGGGAUGAUCAAGAAGAGGAAGAAGAGAAGGAGGAAGAUACGGCCAGAGGCAGGCGGAGGAGGAGGGAGGAGAGAGGAGAGCGGGGAAGAGUUCUCCGAGGACCAGGAUAUGUUCACUAUUGACCUGAGCUCGGAUGAGGAGAGAGAGGGUGACAACAGACCUGUGUAUGGUGAUCAGGGGUCUACAGCCAAUACGCACACACACCACAGCAAUGAUUGGAUCCGUUCACAGAGUUACAUGAUUAAGGACACUCUCUUAAUCCCUCCACCCUGUGGUCUGUCCAUCUCUUGUCCUCAGAAGACUUCUCUCUUCUCCAGUCCUGUUAGCCCCGACAAUUCUAGGUCAUCAACACCAAAGAGCGACUCAGAGCUAACCAAUCCGAAAAAAGACAACCCUGAGAUGUUGUGGACCUGGGGGGAGCUGCCACAAGCUGCUCAGCCAUCCUUCUUGACUUCCCUCCAGAAGCAGGACCCUGCCACAGCAGUCUCCAUCCCAGUGUCUUCCAGCACUCACUUCAGAGCCAUCAGUGACACCGGACCCCCCUCCUUCACUCUCUAUGCUCCCCAGCCAGGGGAGGCUGCUGCUCAUAGUGGGGUCAAAGACACUGAAGAAAGCAAAAAUGGAGCCAUGGUGGGACUACCCACGAAGACUGGGGACAGGGUUGGAGUAAGAGAGGUGGAAAGUGUUGGGCCAUUAUGUCCAGAGAUGGAGGGUCUAACAGCCUGCUCAGUGUCUCCCAGGAUUCUCCUUGAUCAUCUUGAUGAAGGUGGGAAUAGAGGAAGUCCCAGUAGAAGAACGGACUCGCCAUCCAAGAGGAAAGAAAAGAGAAGCCAACACCUUGGUGCUGAUGGCAUAUACCUGGACGACAUUACAGCGCUGGAGCCUGAAGUAGCUGCUCUGUACUUCCCUAAAAGUGAUGGAGGCAGUAGCUCAAUGAGAGGGGACUCCGAGAUGAUGAUGAUGAUGGGAGUGCGGAGCACUAAUCAGUCCCCACAGUCAGUGGGUAGCAGUGGGAUGGACAGCGGCGUAGACAGUUUGUCCGACCAAGUAGGGGACCUGGCUCAUGUUGCCAUAUCUUUGUGCGGAGGACUCACCGACAACAGCGAGAUCACAAGAGAGCAGUUCCAGGAGAGGGCAAUUUCCUACCAUCAGUUCUCUGAAAACCCUUCUAUUAUCGACGACCCUAACCUGGUGGUCAAGAUAGGAAGCAAGUACUACAACUGGAACACAGCAGCUCCUGUCAUGUUGGCCAUGCAGGUCUAUCAGAAACCACUGCCACAGUGUUGGUGUCUGAGUUAUGUGUUCUCUGCUUUUGGCCUCUUCUCAUACUGCCUCCCUGGUCUGUUUGGCUCUGGCCCUUCCCAACCUGCCUCAGUGGAGAACAUCAUGAAGGAGAAGAUGCCAAAGAAAGGAGGACGCUGGUGGUUCUCAUGGAGGAGCCGGAACAGUGACUCCAAAUCAGAAUCAGCGACAGAUGCAGGAGGAGACAGUGGAGAGAGCUCUCUCACUAUGCCCUCAGGAAAUGGGAUGAAGGACGAGUCAUCCUCUAGUGAUGAGGACCAGAGAUCGUCCAAUCAGGCGUCAGGAUCCUGCCCGUCAGAGCUGCUUGUGAGUUCUGGCAGUGUCUGUUAUAAGAAGACUCUUCGGCUCACCUCGGAGCAACUGGCCAGCCUGCAGCUGAAGGAAGGUCCUAAUGAUGUGGUGUUCAGUGUGACCACUCAGUAUCAGGGCACCUGUCGUUGCCAUGGCACAAUCUAUCUUUGGAGCUGGGAUGACAAGAUAAUCAUCUCGGAUAUAGAUGGUACCAUCACCAGGUCAGACACCCUGGGUCACAUCCUGCCCACACUGGGUAAAGACUGGACCCACCAGGGCAUCGCACGACUCUACCACAAAGUCAGCCAGAAUGGAUACAAAUUCAUGUACUGCUCAGCGAGGGCCAUUGGCAUGGCUGAUAUGACACGAGGCUACCUGCACUGGGUCAAUGAGAGGGGUACCAUGCUGCCAAUAGGCCCGGUGCUGCUCAGUCCCAGCAGUCUUUUUUCUGCCUUGCACAGGGAGGUGAUUGAGAAGAAACCAGAGAAGUUUAAGAUUGAGUGUCUCACAGACAUAAAGCAGCUGUUCUACCCCAACACUGAACCUUUCUACGCUGCUUUUGGCAACAGAGCUACGGAUGUAUAUUCCUAUAAGGAGGUGGGCGUUCCUCUGAACAGGAUUUUCACUGUCAAUCCCAAGGGAGAGCUGAUACAGGAGCAUGCCAAAACCAAUAUCUCCUCUUUUGGGCGUCUGUGCGAGAUGGUUGACCAUGACUUCCCGGUCCUAGCUCGAGAUGAGGAAGCAGACGUCCCGUGCUCUUACACUUUUGACCAGGUCAACUACUGGAGCGAACAAGUUCCCGAUGGCACCAACCAGGAAGAAGAAGACCCACAGCCACUUGAGACAAGCUGAGAAAACCCCAUCAAAUUCAUUAUAGAGGAUGCCGCGUACAAGGCUGUGGUCAGUGGUUUCACUGUGAAGUCGGCAGCCCAGAUUCAGAGUGAAGGUGUUGGUUAUUUUAGAAUCAAAAACUUAUCCAAGAACUUUAUCUGAUGAAUGAAUGAACCCCUGGCUCGCACAAGGAUCAAAGACUACUGAUUCAGAGUAAAUUAAUGUGUUUUCAAUAUCCCACACAGACAAACCACCUUGCCAUCAAUGAACAGAGAGAACACAAGCACACUUAAGGGUUUAUUUCAAAUAAGACUGAGGAUUUUGUUAUCGAGGAAAGAAUAAAGAAUCGCUGCUGAAUUUCAACCCUUGCUUGUGAGUGAGGCUAACUGACAGUUUUGCCGAAGGAGUGGUCAACACAGAGUCAAAGACUCACAUAUAACACAUUUUAAAGUGCACUGACUCACAGACACGCACAAACACACGCACAAACACAUACACAUACGUAAAUCUUGUAAAGGCAUUCUAUAGACAAUGCACAACAUUGCAAAACAUAACUAAAUUAUCCCUCACUGUGUGUUUUUCAGCUUCCUAAGAGAUUCCUUUGACUGGUUCCUAUUCUCUCCAUCGUCCCACACCACUCUUCAUUUGUACUGGUGGAUAAAAAAAACACACAAACACAUAAACUUAAUGUUUGUGAAAUGGUGAAAAGUAUCAUUAUUAUUAUUUUGUACCAAUAGGACUUGCAUAGUCUGGUAUCGAUAUUGUGUCAUCCCUUCUCGUGUCACCUGAUAACCAUUUUGUUUUUUUCGAAUUCUAUGUAAAAUAAAAGUGUAUUUUGAAAUAAAUAACUGUGCUAAGUUGACCUAAGCAUUGGUUGAAGUCCACUAAAAUGUAAGGACUCACCAUGCAGACAUUCUCCUGUACCCCACAGAGAUUCUACACACAUUCUAGCACUCCCAGAUUACCGGCACACCUGCCUUCCACAACUGAUAAUAAAAUAUUAAAUACAUGUACAAUUCAGCUUUUCGAAUCUCAAACCUGUUGGUGCAUCCCUCAUUUUUGUACCUUGUUUAAGUAAGAAUACUGUAAAUUUUACUCAUCAUAUGCAAUGUAUUCACCAAAUAGUAAAAGUGAGAAUCUUGGCUUUACCUGGUCCAGGUAUGUAGCUGUAGUAAUCUUUUGUGACCUCAAGUGCAAUAGAUACAGCACAACACUUUGCUCCAUAAACAACACCUUACAUAACAUUUACAUUACAUUAAAGCCAUCCAGAACAUGCAAAAAUAGCACAGAUAGUGUAUCCGAUCAUCUUUCUGUGCCUUUGCAGGUCCAGCUAAAUGCGUGUGGUCUUCUGACCGUGCUACUGUGAAAGAUGUGGCUCUGGCACAUUUUCUUGUGUUCAGUGACAAUGCACAAGAUAAAUGCAGGGCAAUGCAAAUCCCUUUAGUCUGUGUUCUUUCUGUCUGUUUUAUACAUGCAAGUAAGUUAACUCCUGUGAAAUGCUAGAAUGUAGAAUAUAAAUCACUCAGAGUGUAUGUUAUGACAUAUAAUUAUGUAUAAUGGCUAAUGCUCGUCAAUGCAAUUACUAUAGAAGCCCAUACAGGAAUGUGGUCAUAUUUUUUUCAGUUUUGUAGAGUUGAUACUACUCAGAUCAGUAUACUUUAAUGUACAGCACUAAUCUGUAAUGUAAUUCAGCAGUAUGCAGUAUAUUCAAACACUGUAAGUUUUUCUCUUUACAAACUCAUCUAUUUUUGUCAUUUGUACAUAUUUCUGUCAUUUGUUAUCAAAUGUUUAUGUUUUCAUUCAUUGAUCACAUAACAUCUGCAUUUAUGUGAGAUGGUUUAUUUUCUUAUCACAUGUCUAACUUGAAAUUGGGGGAAACUACUGUAAAUAAUGAUUAACAGUCAUUUUUUUAGAGUCCAUAUGAAGAGAACUUUAAACAAAACAACUCUGUUAAUCAUUUGAGAGCUGAUAUAUUGUCUAAAAUACUUUUGUUACGGUGCUCAUUCAAAUGCACUUGCAGCCAUUUUAUGCUUUACUGUGAAUUUGUUUUCAAACCAGCCACUUCCCGUUUCACCAUGUGACCACUGAAGCUAAAUAUUGUAUUAUACAGUAUAUACAAUGCAGCUUUGAAUGCCAGACAGCUUCAAGAAAAGUAAAAAACAUGAUUUUGCGACUUUGUUCCAGAUAUUAAAUCAUCUGAAAAUGAUAAAGAAAAAAAAAUCUAAAAGUAAUUCCCCAAAUUUUUGUCAUAUUUUAAAAUGGAUAUUUGUAGUCUGAUAUUAAUGUGUCCUAUAUUGGAAAAAAAAGUGAGAUCAAAAUGCCAGAAUACUGAUAACAGAGGAGCCCCCUGACAGUGACUGAGUCUGUUGUACUGCUAAAUACUUUGUGUGUAUAGGAUAGAUAUGUCUGAUGCUGAAAGAAAACGAAUGAGGAAUCAACCUGUUGAUGUUCACAUGCCUUUGGGUAGACCAGUGUAAAUUGUGUAAAAGGAAAAGAUACAGAGGGUGCAUGCUGAUGUAAAGCUACGAUGCAUAAGUAUGUAGGUAUAAUGACCACUGUCUUGUCACCUGAUCUUUGUAGGGAAGUGCAUUGCUUUAGUAUUGUUUUCAGUAUGUCAAACAUUGAAAGACAUGUUACCUUGUCAUUAUUUUAGCCCAAAACACACUGAUCUGUGUGAGGUCAUUGUCUAUACUCGAAAAAACCUUCUGCCUUGUAGUCUUUUAAUUACAGUAUGAAGAUCUCCAACUUGUGUGGUAAAAUAUGGAAGUCAAAAGUAAGAGAAGAUUUUUCUUCUUAAUGAACCCAAUGAUUUCCAAAUAUUUCAAUUAAAUCAUCUGUUUUAUGAUUAUAACCUGAUUCUUUCUGUGAAAGAUCGUUAGAAACUCAGUUAUGCAGUCUGUCUCUGUGUUGACAUGGAUCUUGAUCCAGUUUUCUGUCCCGUGUAAAGAUGAUGCAGUAUGAAGCAGCCCACCAAGCAAUGUGGGCUGCAAGAUAUUGUAUAUAACAUAGUUUGAAUAAAUCUGUACAUUGGAAACAUUUUUAAAUAAACUCAAAGGUGAUUGCUA